CCCCCUCCGCCACUACUACCUACACACUCUCUCCUCUGCAACUGUAUUUUCUCUCUCUAAAGCACCUCUCCAUUUCGCUCCUUCUCUAUCUUCCUCUCUGUAGAUUCUCUCUCUAGGUUAUCAAUGGGUACGCGAAUUCCAUCUCACCAGCUCAGCAAUGGCCUUUACGUGUCUGGGCGGCCGGAUCAGCACAAGGAGCGGCAGCCGACGAUAGGGUCACGUGCAGUGCCGUAUACCGGAGGUGACGUGAAGAAAUCCGGCGAGCUCGGAAAAAUGUUUGAUAUUGCGGUCGUGGAUCCAUCGGCCGGCGGACCCCCACCUUUGAAGCCCUCUCGGCACUCGUCCUCGUCGCAGCACACCAGCGGAUCGGUCCGAUCCGGCCCAAACUCAGGGCAGCUACCGAAGCUCUCGAACUCGGGGCCGAUCCAUAAGAAAUCGUCCGGUCCCAUGCCGCUGCAGCCAACGGGACUUAUAACUUCCGGUCCGCUCGGCUCCUCCGGCAGCAUCGGGGGGCGGCGGUCAGGGCAGUUGGAGCCUUCAGGUUCGAUGGGGAAGGCGGUGUACGGUUCUUCAGUGACGAGCUUGAACGAGGAGGCGAAGUUCGGGUUCAAGGUGUCGAAGGCGGUAAUGUGGGUUUUUCUGGUGGUGGUGGCGAUGGGAUUGUUGGUUGGAGCGUUUUUGAUGGUGGCCGUGAAGAAGGCGGUGAUUUUGGUGGCCGUCGCCGGGAUUUUGGUGCCGGUAAUAAUGCUUGUUCUGUGGAAUUAUGCUUGGGGGAAGAGAGGAUUGUUAGGGUUUCUGAAGCGGUAUCCCGAUGCUGAGCUCAGAGGUGCCAUUGACGGACAAUAUGUGAAGGUUACAGGGGUUGUCACCUGUGGCAGUAUUCCACUAGAAUCAUCUUACCAGAGGAUACCCAGAUGCGUGUACAUGUCCACAGAGUUAUACGAAUAUAGAGGCUGGUGUGGAAAAUCUGCAAAUCCUAAACACCGUUUCUUCUCAUGGGGCUCUAGACAUUCAGAGAAACAUGUGGCCGACUUCUACAUAUCAGACUUCCAAUCUGGGUUAAGAGCAAUGGUGAAAGCAGGCUAUGGGGCCAAGGUCGCUGCAUUUGUCAAACCAGCAACAGUGGUUAAUGUGACAAAGGAAAAGCGAGAGUUAUCUCCAAGCUUUCUUCGCUGGCUAGCUGAUCGCAACCUCUCUAGUGAUGAUCGCAUCAUGCGCCUCAAAGAAGGGUAUAUUAAAGAAGGAAGCACUGUUAGUGUGAUGGGGGUAGUCCGACGCCACGAUAAUGUCCUCAUGAUCAUUCCACCAGCUGAGCCUGUUUCAACAGGUUGUCAAUGGGCUCGGUGCCUCCUCCCCAGCUAUGUCGAGGGUCUUGUUUUGAUGUGUGACGAUAAUCAAAAUGCAGAUGUGGUUCCCGUGUAGAUAUGCCAUGCCAUGCCACGCCUCAACUUUCUUUUGCUAAAGGAUAUCACGAGUAAAUAUUGAAAGGUUUUGAAAAAAAAAAAAAAAGGAAAAAGAGAAAAAGAAAAAAGGCACCAAGACCACUCUUCUUCCCUUUCCAGGUUUUUUUUAAGCAUAUGUAAAGUGGGCUUAGUAGAUGCAGAGCAGGAAGACCCGAAGAAGAUGCAUAAUAAGCGAGGAUAAGGUUAUCUAGUCAGGCUUUUAUUUUAUAUGCUUUGGGGUUCUAAUGGGGGAAUCCAAUGGGGGGAAAAGUUUUCCUUCUCCAAGCAGAUAGGAAAAAAUGAUGUAUUGUGAUGAUGCUACACGUUUUGAUUCUAGCUGAUUCCAUGUACAUAAGCUGCAUGGGGUUCUCUAAAAAAGGGUUCCCGUUUGCAUCAUGCCAAUGUUGCUUUUCUUCAGACACAUUCAAUUCUAGCAUGGAGGGUAGAAGAAUAAUCAAAUAUUUAUGUUUGUUCUUUCUU